UUUUCAUCUUUGUUUAAGAAUAGUUUUUUAAAGAUAGGAAAAUUUUCUUUUAACGGCACCCCCAAGUUUUAGAUAUGUUUGCAAAUAUGUUAAAUUUUCUUUUUGAGUUAAAUUAUCUUUAAAGAUAGGAAACCUAUUCAUAUUGGGAAUUUAGGUCCUUCUCGGUUGUAGGUUAAUAAAUACUCUUUCUCUCACCCCCCAUCCCUGGCUCGCGUAUUAAAGAUUUUGAUUGAAUCACACAAUAGCUAUGGAGUGGAGAAACCUUCCAACGGAUUUGGUAGAGAAUAUACUCUCUAGGAUUCCAGCUAUGACUCUGGCAAGAUUUCGAUCAACAUCAAAACAAUGGAGCGCUAUAUUGAAAUCCACUAGCUUUGCUAAGAUGCACACUGCCAAAGCACCAAAGAGGGAGGAUGAGUCUCUGAACAUCAUGUUGAUUGAUUCUAAUGUUUUCCAAGUAAGGAUCAGUCUCGGUGCUCCAUAUGUUAAGGUUGCAGAUAAUCCAUUCUACCUUAAAGACCCCCUUUCUAAUUCUUCACAAGUUGGUGUACUUAAUGUCUUUCACUGCAACGGCUUGUUGCUAUGCACCACAAAGGACAAGAGACUCGUGGUUUGGAAUCCAUGUUCAGGGGAAACCACGUGGAUUAAACCUAGAGUCAUCUACAGAGAAUCAGACUACUAUGCUCUCGGUUACACUUACGACAGCAAAUCAUCCAGCAACCAAUAUAAAAUCUUGAGGGUGGAUCGUCAUAAAGAUGUACCACCUAAUAAUGAGUACGAGAUUUAUGACUUCACCUCUAACACUUGGAGAAUUCUUGGGGUUGCUACUGAUUGGUUUUUAGCACUAUAUCGUCGUGGCAUAUCAGUGAAGGGAAAUACUUUUUGGAUUGCUACUCAAGCAUGGAGUCCACAUAACAAUUUCUUACUUAGUUUUGAUUUUUCAGCAGAGAUGUUUCAAAGUCUAUCUCUUCCUCGUCCGUUUCCGUAUAGUAUAUUGGCUUUAUCUGUGGUUAGAGAAGAGCAACUUUGUCUCUUAUCUUUAACGAAUGAAGAGUUACAAGUGUGUGUGACAACUAGUACCGGAUCAUGGAGUCAGCUCCUAGAUGUGACCUUUGAAUAUGAGAUAAGUAGUAGUCAGUUUUCUAAAGGGAUGAGUUUCCUGGCAGACAAGCAGAGCAAGGUUGUAAGGUGUUUGAACUCCGACAACGUCUUAUCCACUGUGCAAGAAAAUAAAGACAUACAAGUGAAUCGGCUUGGAAGAGGCAAAAGGGAAAGCAUCACGCAUGAUAAUUUUGAGUCUAGCUCAGUUCUUCUGAAUUAUGCUCCAAGUUUAACUCAAACCCAACAAGAUUAUACACGCAAAAGGAAAUCACCAAGUACGUGACUUGUGAUUGUCACACUAUGUUGUUUUGUUUUUGAGUUUCUCUUUCCUUCUAUGUUGUUUUGUUUUUGAGUUUUUUCUAGGACUUGUCAAAUUUUUCGUUCCAUCUAUCUACAAAUAUCUUUAGAUUCAAACCAGUUUAUGUUUUGUGUUAUGUUUUUCCUCGAAUCAUAUAGUUCUGGAUGAAUUCCUUUCAACGUGUAUUGUGUUUGCUCAAAUUGCAACCCCUUAAUUACACGAAACUGAUGAUUUCAUCGUUUGUUAUGGUAAUUAUAGUUGUUUUUUUUUUUUUCAGUCUAACUAAUAUAACUGGAACAUUCUAUUGGUGAGCUAUUAAAUGUUUGAGUUGUAUUUUUUUUUUUGGUGCUUGCAUAAUAGACCUAACAAAAUUUGAGACCAACAUGGGAGGAUGAAAGGGUAGAUGAUUCCCAUUAGUUCAAUUUAUUUGGUAAUUCAACUUCAAGUAAAUUCUAACUUAAAAGUGAUCAUGCAUUUUCUUUUGAAUGAUCCACCAUGCAUAUUUACUGUUACUAUACACUACUUAGUACUAACUACUAACUGGUUCUUUUUGGCGGAGCGGGUAAAGAGACAUAGUCUGAGUAUUCUAUUUAAACAUCUUUCUUUUUUUUUGCUAAAUUAAAUUUUAAAAAUUUCAUCUGCAUGUUAUUCAGUUAUCAAAUUAACGGGAAUGAGAAGAUUUCAUAAAUUAAAACUUAGGCUUAUUUCUGAUAUCUAUGCCUAAUAAUUUAAUUUCCACAAUACACAAAGUGAAUUUUGCAUUCGUGUUCUUUAAUCUUGGAACAUAGAUAUUUAAUACCUGAAUCAUGGGUUUGAGACAUGUUCAAAUUUGAGGGUAUGAAACUAUAUGUUCAACUUGUUUUAAGAAAAAAAAAAAGGAUGUAAAAAAUAUGGUUCAUGUCUAAAUCCUUGUAAAUGGAUUCACAAGUGGGAAUGGUUCCAAGCCACAACCCACAAUGCAAAUACCUUGUUGGAACCGUACGAUCACAAAGCUAAAACAUUCUCAACAUUUUUCAUAGAAGGAAUUAUUCUUAAAAGUCUAGAGAUGCAUCGUAUAGUCUUUUUAGAAAUGCAUACGUGGGGGUUGGUCAGUUGUUCUGCUCCAUGUUAGCUACACGUGUUUCACAAGCCUCUUUCUCCCUCGUCCAGUGCGCGAUCUGACCAGCGUUGGCAGCAGUGUCUGGACGCAAGGCGAGAGCGGUAGUCAGCUCCUGAAUUCUCUAUAAGACAGAUACCAAUAUAAGAUGAAAUGGAAGAAAAGAUAACCAGAAAAAUAAUGAAUAU